CAUUUAUCCCAACUUCACUUAUUUGUCAAGUCGUGGACACCUCGAAAAUACAAGAAUUGGAAGAAGGCAAGAAAAAAAAGCAGGCAGGAACUUCCAGUUUGGCUUCCGACGUGAAGCGAGUCAUGCAGGAUGCAGCAAUUGAGAAGUAGAGGGAGCUCACUUUUCGGUUCCCAAUUGAAGAGGAAAACUCUUAAUUCAUGGACUGCUAUUCAGGAUACCUAUUUCUCUACCAAGGAUAUAUUUGAGAGGCAUAAGGUGGUGUUUACUAUUGGAACUUCUGUAGCUUCAGUUGCUACAGCUUGGGCUGGGUAUUCUUUACGCCAUCUCCGUGAUUCAAAAGUUGAUCAAAGGCUCGAAGGAAUUGAAAAUGCUAUGAAGAAAAACUAUCAUAUUGAACAUUCAGAAUUUAAAAAGCUUGUUGAUCCAGGACAUUCCAGUGUUGCUGCCUGCAUUGCUACGGCAGGGACAGCAUUUGUUAUUGGGUACGGUUUUGGUUGGCGAGGUGGAAGAUGGUAUGCAAAUAAGAAGUUCAGGAAGGAGCAGAUGAAAUUGUCAGGGCAGAUAAAACCUAGACGAUGGCAGCUGCUAGGACGAAUAAAACCUAGAGGAUGGCAAUUCCAAUUUCUCAAAAAAAGAUUACCAAGGUCCAUAGCACCUGAAAAUGCUGUUAAAACAUCUGAAAAGAUGGCCCUGUAAUACAUAAUCCCGGGGAACUUCAUCAGUCUUGUUACUGUGAUGGCAUUUACUCUACUUCUUCACCUUAGAUAUCCCGAUAUAAAAGAAUUGUUUUUUGAUAGAGUUAGAUGCUCAUUUAACAUUUAAAAUUGUUCUUUGUUCUAGUUUUUCGGGCAAGUAAUGAACAAAUCGUUUGUCAUUUUGCUGCUGUUUGCUAGUAUCUUCUCAGAUGCCCUUACCCCCUUAAUACAGUUGAUUCAGACAGUACAAGCAUAAGAGAUAUUAUGCUAACAAAAUAUUCUAUUUUUUCUGAUUAGUAUCUAUGGUAAGCCUUCUUCUAUGA